AUGGAAAUUAGCAUAGAGAAAGUUCAAUUAGAUUUCAUUAAUAAUGAUAUUGCGGGGAACAUAAAAACAUUUCAAGUACAAUCCAAUAUAAUGUGUUUUGGUCUACGCUCAGGCCUACUAUUUAUAAUUGAUUUGGAUAAUCCUGCAGAAGCUUGUCAAUAUCAGUUACAAUUAACUACAUCUGGUGCAAACUCAGAAAGCUUGAGUAAAGCUUGGUUAUCGCCAAAUGGUAAAAUUCUUUUUAUAAAGACAGAUUUUGCCAGAUAUUAUUUUUGCGAUAUCUAUAAUUUAUUGAAUUCUAUUAAUACAAGUAAAGGCAAACUUUCAAAUAUUACACAAGCUAAAAAAUUAAGUCGAAAACGUUGCGAUAUUAGAAGUGUUCAAUGGUGUAAUAAUAAUUCACUUCUUUGUGGUACAGAAAAUGGAAAAUUAUAUUAUAUUUAUAUUCAUGAUUAUAAGAAUAUGGAAAAUUUUUUACUUGGAGAAUCAAAAUUGGUAAAAUUAUAUCAAUCAAAACAUUCUAUUGAUGGAAUAUCGUGGAUAGCAAAUGAAAAUGUCUGUCUCGUUGCCUCUGGACAAAAGAUAAUGUUAUGGAAAGGUAAUAAUAAUAGUAAUAAUAAGAAGUCUGACACCAUUGCUAAAGAUCCUGAGACAUUAUUUAAAGAAAACCCUAAUCCAUUCAAUGAGGAGGAAUUUGAAAAAGUUCAUAAGGAAGGGGGAACCAAAUUUGCAUCUUUACAAAAUUCAUUUGCUUGGGUCACUGGGACAGGUAUUGUUUAUGAAGAGAUUGUAAAAUCUAGUGAGAAAAAUAAUAUUCUAAGUGAUGCUAAUGUUUUUUUAAAUAUUGAAUUGCCUCAGUCCAAUUUUAAUAUUCGAGAUAUUAUAUUAACUCAAUUCCAUAUUAUGUUAUUGCGAGGGUCUACUAUUACAGUGAUUAAUCAAUUAAAUAAUGAGAUUGCCUUUGAUGAAACCAUACCAAUAACUGAACAAGAAAAAAUCUUAGGAAUAACAUCGGAUUAUUCAGAUAUUCAUCAUCCUACAUUUUGGUGCUUUUCUAAUAAUAACAUUUAUGAAAUAAUUAUAAAGAAGGAAGCUAAUUCAGUUUGGAAAAUGUUAUGUGUUAAUGGACAAUAUGAAAAAGCAUUAUCUUUGGAAGGAUUAUCAUCUAUUGAAAGAUCUAACAUUUUCCAAGAAAUGGGGGAAUAUUAUUUUAAAGAUAGCAAAUUUAAUGAAGCUGCUCAAUCCUUUGGUAACUCAUUCUCUUCCCCUAUUAGAAGUAUUGCAUUAAAAUUUUUCAAAACGUCAUCUACUAAUACUAAUAAUGCCCUUUUAGAAUAUUUAAGUAUUAAAUUGGAUUCCUUAGAUUCCAGUAACCAAGUUCAAAAAAUUUUAUUAUCUUCAUGGAUAGUUUGGAUUUAUAUGAAAUUAUUUAAUGAUCUUCAAGAAGAUAUUAGUGUAGAACAUAAUAUUGACAAAUUAGCGAAAUUGAAUGACUCAAAAGAAAACAUUCGAAUGAAUUUGAAAAAAUUUUUAAAAACCCAUCUUGAAUCGUUUGAUAAAUAUACUAUAUUACAAAUAUUAUCCAAACAACAAGGUCAUGAAUUUUCAAUAUAUUUUGAAAAUUUAUUGGGACAUUAUGAUCAUGUAUUAUCAUAUUGGAUUGAUCAAAAAAAUUGGAAUGAAGCAUUAAAAUUAUUAGUGGAAACUCAAGAUCCUAACUCGUGUAUUAAAUUUGCAUCGAUUUUAUUAUUAAAUUGUCCUGAGGAGACUAUUAUUGCAUGGAUGAAAAUCCCUCAACUUCAGCCUACAAAACUUAUACCUGCAUUAUUAAAUUAUUUUACUCAUUAUCAAAAAAAGAUAUCCACAAAUCCAGAAACAAAUUCCAUUAUGGAACCUAAUUAUGCAUUAAAUUAUUUAAAAUGGUAUAUUGAUGAAUAUGGAACUCCUGAGAAAAUCUUGUAUAAUACUACGAUAUAUAUGGUGGUAUCGGGAUAUCCAUCACAUGUUGUGGAUGAAAUAGCAGAAGAAAAUAUUAUUAAAUUUAUGAAAUUACAUGAAGGUCAAUAUGAUAUUGAGUUUAUUUUAAGAUUGACAAUGAAAUAUAAACGUAUUCGAAUUGUCCUUUAUAUUUAUUCAUUAUUAAAUUUAUAUGAAGAUGCAGUUAAUUUUGCCCUAGAGAAUGGUAUGAUUGACUCUGCAAAGCAACUAAUCAGUCAAGAUAAUAACGAUGAGAUUAUGCUUGAUGAGAAAAUCAUUAAAGAAUUAUGGAUCAAAAUAGCCAAAGUUAUUCUUUAUGAAAAUAAAACCCAAGAUAUUAAAUCAAUCAUUAAAACAAUAAUUCAUGAAUCCAAUGAAAUUUUAACGAUUCGCGAUUUAUUACCUUUAUUUAAUCAAUUCACAACAAUUGCGAAUUUAAAAGAAGAAUUAAUUAAGAGUCUUGAAACGCAUGGACAAUCGAUGACACAAGUCUCUGAAGAUAUUAAACAAUCUAUUAAGAUGAAGAAGAUUAUUGUUCAAGAUAUAGAAAUGUUUAAACAACGGUAUGUGAUGUUAGAACCUAGAGUCUCAUGUAGUCAUUGUAAUAUGAUUUUACAGACGAGGAAAUUUUUCGUUUUUCCAUGUAAUCAUUCAUUCCAUACGGAUUGUUUAAUUAAAGUUAUAUUAAAUUCUAAUGAUUAUAUAUUAAAGAGUAAGAUUGAAAAUUUCCAAGCUAAUUAUAAUAAUAAGAAGAAACAAAAGCAAAGUAUCAAAGAAUUCGAAACGAUGUUAUCAUCUAAAUGUGUUCUUUGUAGUGAGAUUAAUAUUAACAAUAUAGAUUCACCUCUUCAAAUUGAAGAAGAAGAGUUGGCCAAAUGGGAAAUAUAG